AUGGAUACAAUUAUUGGAUGUGUAACAGAUUUAUUACCUGAAAAAGAACCACUUGAUAAUCCAAAAGAAAUUAUCAAAUCAAUACAAAUUCGUUUGAAAAACACUAAUUCAGAAGAACACAUAAGAGCAAUUUCUGAUGCGAUACUGGUAGCACGACAUCACCCGAAAUUAUUAAAACCUCAUAUAAACUCGAUUAAUCGAAAAGUUGUUCAAUUUCUUAACGGUCAACGAAUUUUUGAUGUCCGAUUAGCAUGUCAGUCGGCUGGUGAACUUUUCAGGACAAUGCGGUGUACAGAUCGACCAUUAUUUGAUGACAUUGUGACUGGACUUAUGAACCGUACAGCAGAUAAGAAUAAAAACAUCCGCAUUGAUGCAAAUUGGGCACUUGAUAAAAUGGUGAUCAGCAUCCCACCGUUGUAUUCCAUAAAAUCAAUAGCCAACUGUAGUCAACACAAAAAUCCGGCUGUUAAAAUAGCACAGUUGCGAUUGAUGCAUUGUGUUACUGUAAUUGCUGAUCCAAUGAAAAUAUUAACUGGAAUAGCUGGACUAAAAAAAGCUAGACAAUUAAUUCUUAAAAGUUGUGUAGCUACAAUAGAAGAUCCUAACUCAGAAAUUAGGUUUCUGUCAAAAAAGCUCAUGCAACUUUUAAAAAGUACUUGCUAUGAAAGUUUCUGCUCGUCAUUAGUUCAAGAUAUUAGUUGGGACGAACUAAAAAUUGCUGGAAAGAAUUUAAAUAUGGAAACCUUAGCAGCUGAUAUUUUGAAGAAAAAUACUAAAUGA